UUUAUUAUUUGUUUGUAAGAGAAUCCUACUUAUGUGUGAUAUUUUGGACCUAGUGAGAGAUGAAUGAAACGCAGCACACGGAAAGUUGAUCGUUUUCUCUCAAGCAGAAGUUACUGAUUCAUUCUACCAGCAGAGGGCUCCCUUUUUAAGCUAAUAAGGAAGCAGUAUGUGUUUCGCCCAUCAACUUUUCAAAGACCAAAAUUGAAUGGGGAAAGACUCCGCUCACACUUUCAGUAAUGUAAUCGAUCCUCUGUGGUAGAGGAUUGUAGGUAUUGUGAGACAUUUGCAGCAGUUUUGAAAUCUCUCAAAGUCAAAGCUGUUGUUACGCUUUUCAAUGGGCAGUGUUCUGUGAUAGACUAGUUGGACUAGUCGGUAUUUUAAUCUUGGAAAGUUGUGACAUGAAACAUCAUGUAAAUUCAGGCAGAAUCGCUUAUGAGACUGGUGUUUCUGAGGUUUCUAGCUUUAGAAAGACUAUUUUUAAAAGUAGGGCAAGAUUUUGCAGCUCAGGAUGUAAAGGUAUUCUCUGAACUAACCUGUCCCUGUGAUAAGAAGGCAGGAGCUGCAAGAUUCACUUAGAGACUUUUUUCUUCCCACUGGCAAGUAGGUUUUUCAUGCUUUAUCAGUCACAUCAAAGGAAAGUCUGCGAAGCCCCUUGCCCCGGGAGCUUAGCACAUUUCCCAGGUAUUGCAAGUAAUCCUCAACCUGGGGCCUCCCUCUGUGGACUUUAUGGUUCACCCCUAGAGCUUCCUUUAGCAUUCUCUGCAUAUGACCCUGGGCUCCCCUUCCUGUACCGAGUCGGAGGGUCUUAAAGACAGAACCGUGUUGCCUCAGAAAGAAUUAGAAGGUGGUUUUUCAAACAUUUAAGGAGGCUAAAAAUAGAGAACAGAAAAAGUCAGUUUUGUUGUAGGUGUGAAUUUUUUCACAUGUGGCCUAAAAUACAUGAACUUAAGUUUCACUUGUUAAUUUUAAGUUUAUCUGGCAGAGGGAAAUGAAGACAGGGCCAGUAGGUGGAGAAAAAGGAGUUUAGGACUUGACGUCAGAAGGCUAGGUUGUGGCCCUGAAGCGCUUUUGAUCUUGUGCAAACCCCUUCACCCCCUGAGUGAGGAUCCUGUGUGUAGCUUGAGGGAUGUGCUUGACGUGGUCUUCAGAUUACUUUCUGGCUUUAAAGUUAGUGGUUCUCUGAUUUUACAGAGUUAAGGUUCUUGGGAUAUUAGUAAAGCCUUCCAUCAGUGCUGAUGCAAAGUGAAAUUUUUCUUAGGUCAAAUUUUAGUGUGGUUCAUUACAGCUUUCUCCAAGGACAGAAAUCCUCUGCAAAGGCAUACCGGGCUCCUGGCCCUCUCUUCUGCUCCAUUUAGCAGUCACAUGAACUGCAUGCAGACACACCUUUUAAUUAUUAGACAGUUCUAGGGCCAAUUAAACGUGAGUUGAAAUUGGCUUCGCAAAAGUAGCUUGCAGAGUGGGUUUUUUUCUGCUCUGAUUUACGAGGUCGUGGAAUGUAUAGUUCCCAUGCAGUCACAGUCGUCUUCCCUGGGAUCCUCUCCUUUUUGCAAACCUGUAUCCUGCCCGGAGGGUUCCUCCGGCGGGCUUUCCUCUGACACCUGCGGGGCUGUCUGUGCUGGUGUGUGGGAGGCGGUGGACGUGAGCGAGGCGCCGUGUUCUGGGCCGUUCGGAGAGGUUCAGGCCUUUACAAGCAAGGCUUUGAUUCUAUUUUUGCUGAACUAGCUCAGCCACUUCCUGUGUUUGGCCGCGCUUAGUGCCUCGCUUCACUGUGGCCACUUGAGCCCCGCGCGCUGCCGCAGCCGGUUAGAGAGACUAUUUUAGGUCCCCUCACAAUGGCCUUCUCAUUUCGUUGGCGAAAAUGAGCGAGUUGGGCUGGCAGUGGCCACUUGUUAGCCGAUGACAACUUUGACUUUGACUUGGGUUCCCCUCCCCCACCCGAAAUCCCUAGCUCAGCAAAUAUUUGAACCUGCCCAAGUUAAUCAUGAAGCCGUGAUCUUUAUCUGCGAGACGUGCGAGCGCCGCGGCUCUCUCCCUCCCGCGUCCGGCACCGCCGGCGUCCAGUGGCUGUGUCCAUGGGGAGCGGGCGGUGAGUGGCGCUGCGGCGGCCCCGGUCCCGGCCCGACGUCCGCGGCGGAGCCGGCGGGAGCGCUGUCGCGGAGCAGGCGCCUCUGGGGCUGAGGGGAGAGCGGGGGCGUCGUUCUCCUUGUCAGAGACCCGCCUGGCCUCGGGAAACUGCAGACAUGCAUAACCUGCAAACAUUGCCUCCUAAACCACCCAAACCCACUACUGUAGCCAACAACGGUAUGAAUAACAAUAUGUCCUUACAAGAUGCUGAAUGGUACUGGGGAGAUAUCUCAAGGGAAGAAGUGAAUGAGAAACUUCGAGAUACAGCUGAUGGGACCUUUUUGGUACGAGACGCAUCUACUAAAAUGCAUGGGGAUUAUACUCUUACACUAAGGAAAGGAGGAAAUAACAAGUUAAUCAAAAUAUUUCACCGAGAUGGGAAAUAUGGCUUCUCUGACCCACUGACCUUCAACUCUGUGGUUGAACUAAUAAACCACUACAGGAAUGAGUCCCUCGCUCAGUAUAAUCCCAAACUGGACGUGAAAUUGCUUUAUCCAGUAUCCAAAUACCAACAGGAUCAGGUUGUCAAAGAAGAUAAUAUUGAAGCUGUAGGGAAAAAAUUACAUGAAUAUAACACUCAAUUUCAAGAAAAAAGCCGGGAAUAUGAUAGGUUAUAUGAAGAUUAUACCCGUACUUCCCAGGAAAUCCAGAUGAAAAGAACAGCUAUUGAAGCAUUUAAUGAAACCAUAAAAAUAUUUGAAGAACAGUGCCAAAGCCAAGAACGGUACAGCAAAGAAUACAUAGAAAAAUUUAAACGUGAAGGCAAUGAGAAAGAAAUACAAAGGAUUAUGCAUAAUUAUGAAAAGUUGAAGUCUCGCAUCAGCGAAAUUGUGGACAGUCGAAGACGACUGGAGGAAGACCUGAAGAAGCAGGCAGCUGAGUAUCGGGAGAUUGACAAACGCAUGAACAGCAUUAAACCAGACCUCAUUCAGCUGAGAAAGACAAGAGACCAAUACUUGAUGUGGUUGACUCAGAAAGGUGUUCGGCAAAAGAAGCUGAACGAGUGGCUGGGCAACGAAAACACUGAAGACCAAUAUUCGCUGGUGGAGGACGAUGAGGACUUGCCGCACCACGACGAGAAGACCUGGAACGUUGGCAGCAGCAAUAGAAACAAGGCUGAAAACCUGCUCCGGGGGAAGCGAGACGGCACCUUCCUGGUCCGGGAGAGCAGUAAACAGGGCUGCUACGCCUGCUCCGUGGUGGUGGAUGGCGAAGUGAAGCACUGUGUCAUCAACAAGACGGCGACUGGCUACGGCUUUGCCGAGCCCUACAACCUGUACAGCUCCCUGAAGGAGCUGGUGCUGCAUUACCAGCACACGUCCCUCGUGCAGCACAACGACUCCCUCAACGUCACACUAGCCUACCCGGUAUACGCACAGCAGAGGCGAUGAAGCACUUGUCCUCUGAUCCUUCUCCUGGAGCUCAACCACCCCGAGGCCUCUGGAAAGCACAGGGCUCCUCUCCAGCCUGACCUGUCCCUGAGCUGAGGAAACCGCAGCCAUCUGCCUUCGAUGGGACUCGAGCUUUCGACAAAAAAGUAGAGGGGAAGACACGCAGCCUAGCACUGUGCGAGGACCAUACGCUUCUGGAGUCCUUGUCCUUUUUAAAUUUUUUUUUUUUUUUUGGUUUAAUUUAAAGCCACAAGGACACACACCACAAAGAGAAUAAGAAAUGCAAAAAUCUCUGCGUGCAGGGACAAAGAGGCCUUUAACCAUGGUGCUUGUUAAUGCUUUCUGAAGCUUUACCAGCUCAAAGUUGGGACCUUGUAGACCAGAGGGUGGAUGGGCUCGAGAGCCGUGGCCGGGGGACGCUCCAGCCGGGCUCCUGCAGCCUCGGUGUGAGCUGUGCACGGGGGACCCAGACACAUCGCACUGUGGAUUAUUUCAUUUUCUAACGGAUGAACGGUAUGUAGCAGAAAGGCACUUCGACUCACCAGAGACGUUUUGCGAGGACGCCCGCUCACAUACUUGCGGAGGAGAUUCAGGUGUAGCGGAGUUGUCAGACAGUGUUUCGUGUAGACUUUAAAAGACAAAAACCACCCCACCAACAGAACAGUGGAGCUUGGAAAAACCAGACUUUCAGAGGACAUUCAUUCUAUAAAAUAUGUACAUAACCAUGGAUGACUAACUAUCCAAUAGAUGGAUUUGUAUCAAUACCAAAUAGCUUCUGUUUUGUUUUCCUGAAGACUAAAUUCACAGUGCUAUGCAAUUCUUAAUUUUCAUUGUUAUCUCAGUUUUAAAUGUACUUUCAGAAUAAGCUUCCCCCACCCCACUUUUUGUUGCCUGAAAAUAUUAUGGUCCCUAACUUUUUGUUAAUAUUCAUUUUGUGAUUUCUUUUUUUAAAAGAAGAAAUGUGUACAGGAUGCCAGUAAAAAAAAAAAACAAAAAGAAAAAUGGCUUCAGAAUUAAAACUGAAUUAUUUUACAGUUUUUUCUUGUACAGAGUACUUGGCUGUUAGCCCAAGGUUAAAAAGUUCCUAACAGAUUUUUCUGGACUAAAUGUUUUGUUGGGCAGUGCCUGAUAAGCUUCAAAGCUGCUUUAUUCAAUAAAAAAAGAGAAAGAUAUAUGAAUAUGACAAAGUAUCGCUGAGUUCAACAAUGUUUCAAAACUCUUAAAAUACGGUACCGGGUAAUGUGUGCUUCGUUAGGAAUCGUGAACUUCUUGAAGCGAGGCGGGGGGGGCGGGCCAGGGUGGUUGCCCUUUCUCAUGAUUACAGAGAAAUGAGUAACUUCUCCUUCACUCUCUUCCCACUUGAUCUGCACAUAAUUACACAUUAAUUCCAAGUACAGACCUACUGGGACGCUAACACCACGGAGCAGGUCAGGGCGCCUUUGGGGCAGUGUCCGCCUUUGUUCGGAAUGAUCACUGCAUUUAGACCAUGUGUCUCUUCCAACAUUAGACUACUCCUGACCACCAGAAAACAUUCCCUUUAGGAAAAGCAUGAUCUGAAAAAAUAUUUUCGAUCCACCCAUUUGUUAUCUUCCCAGCUUUCCAUUCAGUUGAGAUCAUAGAGCAAACAAACGGGAUCCUCACCGUUCCUGAGGUGUGGAGCUCCUGAACAUCAUGGCCGCUUCGGGAAUCCUGGCCGUGCUUCUCAUUCAUUCAUCAGAGUCCUAGUGUGUCACACUGUGGGGGAAGGAAGAGGUUUGAGAGUGGUGGUUCCAGUUCUGGGUCUCUCUCCCUGGCUGACAUACGCAGAAUCUACUCUGUUCCUUGGCAGCUGUCUUGCUGUCGGGCAGCGCAGGAGGGGCGGGCCCUCCCAGAUACGUCCAGAGGGGGUCUCAAAACCACGGUUCUCCUUUCCCAGGAGUGCCUCAGCCACGGCUUGCUCUCUGACCCUGGGGAGGGUUUUUCUGUUUUGGCUUUCCACGUUGCUCCUUUUAAAACUCCUCCUGCAAUAAAUCAGUCUAGCCACUGACUCCACCAACUGUAAAAUGUAUUUUUUUCUUCUUUACGUGAUGCUAUUCAUUCUCAAGAGCAAUAGUCAGUCUCACGGCCAGACCGUCAGCCCUCACACUUGACCGUACUGAUCUGACCGCCUCCCUCUCAUCACACAGCUGAGCAUCCCCCUGGUUGUGGUCUGUCAGCGUCCACUUUAAAACCCUUCUCCUUCACAUGGAAGUCUGACGACUAAGUAAUAGUGGUUUAUAAACCAGCAUUUUGUGGGGGGUUGAUAGCACAUCCAUGAAUGCUGUUAGGUAUGGUUUUCAUUUACUAUCUGAACUACAAGCUCUAAGAUGGAAUGCUUCAUUAAAAGACAGUUUUGUUAAUGUUUCUGGCUCAACACUCGCAAGACGGCACGGUAGUUAGGCACCUGCCUUGUUUGCAUUUCACAAAACAAAUGCGAUGGGAGGUUUCUCUGAACAGCAAAGGCAGGAUUCAUCGCUCCCUAUUAAGGUGUAACUCACUAGGUCUCUGAUGUUACCCCUCUGCCAAAUGCCUUUUCAGUUGCGUGUAGCAUGCCCACUGCAUUCGUCCAGAUAGAUGUUUGACCAGAAGGGCUCUGGGUUCAGUCAGACAGUCUUCUAAUAACACUGAGUGGCUCCUGCGUAUGAAUGGAUACAGCAGAGGCACUCCUGAUAACAUGCUUUUCUGCAUGCACUGCUUCUCCCCACCCAGUGUAACAUCCUCAAGAUAAAAGCCAGAUGCUAAGCUAGCUGCAGAGAGGCUGGAUAGGGCUGUACAAGUGGGAGCACUGGGCCCUGAUACUACACACAGAAGAAAAAUCAGAACCGCGUGAAAAGGCAAAAAGCAUGUGUUUGCAACAUCUGACAAGUUCACGGCCCUUGAUAUAUGUAUAUAUGUAUAUGUGCAUGGACUGUUUCCAGUACACCUUUCAGCCAGAACAGAUCCACAGUCGUUGAGUUCAAGUACAUAACAAGCAAAUGUCUAGUACAAUUCUUGUGUAUGUGUGUGGGUGGAGUUCCCCCCACCUUUGAAGUUGCUUUGUUUGGUCUCAAAAAGGUGAAAACUGUUUGCAAGUCAAGUGAGAAGUUCAUAAUUCUUUGGCUUUUUUUCUGCUUUUCAACGUGACUCUUUUGGGGGAGCUGGUCUGGAUGACUCGCUUAACUUGGAAAUCCUCCGUUUUUGGUGUGUUGAGUCAAAUGUGUUUAUGUGAGCUGUCACUGUGGGGAAUCAAUUGCUUUGUCAUAUAGCUGGUUAUGAACUAGUGACGUGUUUGGGAGUCCUACUGAUGUUCCUUAAUGGGAGAAAACUCUGCUGGUUUUAACACCUGUGCUUUGGCUAUGCAUGGUACACAGUCGGAACACAGACCCUGAAAUCGGACUUCAGGGCCUUUUAAGGAAGGGGCAGUUUAAAGCACAAUGCCUCACAUGGGACAAAGUUUGAAAAUACCAAAUUCUUAUUUUUUAAAAAUCUAGUUGUAUAAACUAUUAGUAUUACGAGUAGCAAAGGAACAGAAUUGGGUUCAUUGGAAACACUAUUCCGCUUAAGGUUAACCUUGUCACCAUGAGAUAGCAUUAGCUGCUCAGGAUGCUGCUAUUAAAAAAAAAAAAAAUUUUAAAAAAAAGCAAAACAAAAAAACUCAUUUAUAUGUGUGUAUUUUUUAAAGCUACGAUCUGUUCAAUGUUUUUACAAAUCUGUUUAUAUGACAUUGUUAAAAUAAAGUUGGUCUUUUGACGAGAGGGAGGAGGUCAUGGUCAGUUGUAAUUUUGCCUUUACAAGGCAACGGGGGUGGGGGGUGGGGGGAGUGUGCCUCCUUGACAUUUUGUUCAAGCUAUAGAUUCAGUGGAGCUCUGUCUUGUUGUUUUAAGUUGCUUUGACGCAUUGUAUUAGGUCUUCAAACAGAAUAAAGGUUGUUUUGAAACUGAA